AAAAGUUCCCAAAGGCAAGAGAGACAGACACCUCAUCGCUUUAUAAAAACGUAUAGAUAUAGCUAUAUAGAAGAGGGUGUGUCACCUCUCAUAGGAAGAAAAAUAUAAAAGCUAAAAACUGUUUCGUAUUAUUCAUUCACUCUCUCUGGAAGAAGAAAAAAAAAAUUCCCCUUUUCUCCUCUCCUCUCAAAAAUCCAUCCUCGACAAAAUAUCCAAGUUUUUAUGUUGAUCAUCUUUUUGGGAUAAUAUUAGUGCCUUCCUGAUCAGAAAGUUGUGUUCUUGCUCUUUGGUUUGAUCUAAAUAUUGAUUUUUUUUUUGGUUUGGAAAGAAAAAGUGGAAUUCUCUGCAAUUGUUGACGGAUUCAGAUGGAUUUUGAGGAAUCGUGGGGUUCUCUGAGAUGUUUGAGACUUGAAGUUUAUUGAUCCGCUAACAUAGUUUGAAGCAAUUUAGAACCUCCCUCCCUCUCUUUCAUUUGCCAAGUUUUGGGCACUGCCUAAAAAAAUUUUCGCAGUGCCCAUGGACGCCACAGCGAGCGGAACCCCAACUAUUCAAUUUCAUCAUAACCUUCCCGAACAGCCAAUUCCCACCACCACCAUAACAUUUGAAAGAAGGCAACAACGCCAUUGCUUUGGGGACUCAAUCCCCGGAGAAUUCCCUUUGGCUGCCAGUCCUCACAUUGUUCUCCAUGUUCUAACCACUUGUAAUUUGGACCCUCAAGAUCUCGCCAAGUUAGAGGCAACAUGUUCCUUCUUCAGGCAGCCUGCGGAUUUUACUCCGGAUACCGAAUUGUCUCUACCAGAGCUUGCUGCUCUGGACAUGUGCCAAAAGAGAGCCAUAUUUAGGCCAAUGACAAAUGAGGAGAGGCUAGAGUUGAAGAGGAUAUGUGGGGGGUCAUGGAAACUGGUCCUGAGGUUUCUGUUGGCCGGAGAGGCGUGUUCGAGGAGGGAGAAGUCGCAGGCAAUAGCGGGGCCAGGUCACAGCAUUGCUGUGACAUCAAAAGGAGCUGUUUACUCGUUUGGCUCCAACAGCUCUGGCCAGCUUGGACAUGGCACCACUGAUGAGGAAUGGCGGCCUCGCCCGAUCAGAUUAUUGGAAGGCAUCAGAAUUAUCCAGGCAACUGCUGGGGCUGGCAGGACAAUGCUGAUCAGCGACUCCGGUCGGGUUUACGCCCUUGGUAAGGACUCGUUCGGAGAGAACGAGUUUGGGGGUCAAGGAGCUAAAAUUGUGAAGACACCACAGCUGGUUGAGUCUUUGAAGAACAUAUUUGUGGUGCAAGCGGCAAUUGGGAAUUUCUUCACGGCUGUGUUGUCAAGGGAAGGUAGGGUGUACACGUUCUCUUGGGGAAAUGAUGGAAAACUUGGUCACCAAACUGAGCCAAAUGAUGUGGAGCCACAUCCUUUGUUGGGAGCUCUUGAAAACAUACCUGUUGUGCAAAUUGCCGCUGGAUAUUGCUACCUUCUUGCUCUGGCUUGUCAACCUACUGGAAUGUCGGUUUACUCUGUUGGGUGUGGAUUGGGAGGAAAGCUUGGACACGGUUCGAGAAACGACGAGAAGUACCCACGACUUAUCGAACAGUUUCAGCACUUGAACCUGCAGCCUAUGGUGGUUGCCGCGGGUGCUUGGCACGCGGCGGUGGUGGGACGGGAUGGAAGGGUAUGCACUUGGGGUUGGGGCCGUUAUGGUUGCUUGGGACAUGGGAAUGAAGAGUGUGAGUCGGCUCCCAAGGUUGUGGAGGCGCUGAGCAAGGUCAAAGCAGUUCAUGUUGCCACUGGGGAUUACACAACCUUUGUGGUGUCUGAAGAAGGUGAUGUCUACUCUUUUGGUUGUGGAGAAUCAGCCAGUCUUGGACAUAAUAAUGCUGGUGCUGAUGGAGAGGGAGUAAGGCACGCAAAUGUGUUAACCCCAGAACUUGUAACAGCACUCAAGGAAGUAAACGAGCGUGUAGUGCAGAUCAGCCUAACCAAUUCUAUAUAUUGGAAUGCUCACACUUUUGCCCUCACCGAGUCUGGGAAGCUCUAUGCAUUUGGGGCAGGGGACAAAGGGCAGCUUGGAAUAGAGCUCGUCGGAAGCCAGACUGAACGGGGUAAUCCGGAGCGGGUUGACAUUGAUCUCAGUUAGCUAGCUAGCUCAUCCAUCAUGAUCAUCAUGAUCGUGAUCCUGAUCAUGCAUUUCUCAACUAAUUUAUGAUGAUGGUCAUUAUAUCAUCAAGCAGUUGCAUUUCGUGUUUAGAUUUCCAUGUCUAUUCUGUACAUAGAAAUUAAAAAAAAAAAAGGUAAAAAGAAAGAAUUGUUUUUAAUUUAGGUACUAGGAGAGCCUAAACAAGUGUUUCUCUCUAUUUCAAAUGGUUUGUUAAUAUGUCUGGAAGAAUUUGGUUGUUGCUUAGGCUCUUCAAGUAGUCAAAAAUAGUUGAUACAUUUGUCAAGGCUCAUUUCAUAAUUUAUUUAUCUUAAAUUGUUCA